AUGAAGGAAAAUCAUGAAAAAAGUGAAAAACAACUUGGCCUAAAACAGAAGAAAAAUGCUUACAUGAAAGAGUACAGAAGGAGAAAGAAAAACAAUGAAUUUCAUAGUGAGAAACUUACUACACGACGAAAGCAAAAUAUAUACAUGAAGGAAUACAACAACAGAAAGAAAGACGUUGCAACCGGUAGCAAAACAAUUUCAAGAGAAGAAGAACAAAAUACAGUAAUGAAAGAAGAUCAUGCAAAAAGUGUUCAUGGUGAUUUUAAAAUGCAAGCAAAACUUAUUAGAGAAGAAAAACAAAAUACAGACAUCAUGGAAAAUCAUGCAAAAAGUGUUAACAGUGAUUUUAAAAUGCAAGCAGAUCAAAAUGUAUUUAAAUGUUUUGUGGAGAAGGAAAAAAUAUUUGUCUUUGUUUGAUAGUCAAACAAAUGGACCAAUUCAUUUACAGGAAUGGGCUAAAAAACAUGCGAGAUUUCCAUAAUUCUUUGAAAUUCAAAAUCUAUAAAUGCAACAUCUGCCAUGAAGCAUGGCCAUUGUCAGAAAAAAUGUAAAGAUGAAUCUACAUAUGUGUGCUCUAGGUGUUUGCGUGACAAGAAUGCAACAAAAAGUUUUCAGUUGACAAUAAUAUGAUACCUUCACAAGCACCAAAAGAACUGCAGGGACUCACGCAAUUAGAAGAAAUGCUUAUAGCACGUGUAUUUCCAGUAAUAUCUGUUUAUACAAAACCAGGGGGGCAAAAGGCAUACAAAGGCCACUGUAUUAAUUUUUCCCAAGAUAUUCAAGAGCUAGCUAACUCAUUGCCAAGGUAUCCGAGGGAGCUGCCUGUGAUAGUUGUGUCAGUCAAAGGCAAAGAUAAUACUUAUAAAGAUCUUACAGUAAGGCGGGGAAAAAGUGAGCUGUGCUCUACACUGGUUAGUCCAGCAUAACCCUGUAUACAAAAAUAUUACUAUAGAUUAUGACUGCUUGUCUUCCUUGCCAUCUGAAGGCAUCCCAAGUGAACUGCAUCAGAUUGAUUGUAUUGAGAAUACUAAAGAUAAGGAAAUGGAUCCAGACAGAGGUCCACUUGAUGUCAAUGAAAUACCAUUCAAUGAAGAGACAGAAUUAAGCAGCACAAUCCUUAAUCCAGUAACCUUAAAGCCUCAAAAGCAACUUAUUACA